AUGGUGAGUGAAUCAAUACGAAAAUUGAUAAUCGAAGGUUAUAAAAAAAGCUAUCGAGUUUCUUAUUUAGCAGAAACAUACAACGUGAAUGAAAAUACAAUUAAAUCAAUAAUCAAACGAUUCAACGAAUUCGGUGAUGUGAUAAGACCAAGAGGAAAAAAACACAAGAAACUAAAUCAACAACAAAUCGAAAAAGUUCGUGAAUACGUUGAUGAAGAUUGUACUCGAACUCUCGAUGACAUAAAAGAUUUCAUUCACGAAAAGUUUCAAAUUGAAAUUAGUGUCCCAACUGUUCAUCGUUAUUUGAAUGAAAUUCACUACAGUUUCAAAAGAUUAACACCAGUUCCUGUUCGUCGAAAUAAUGAUGAAACCAUCAUGAAAAGAUAUUCUUAUGCGAUAGAAUUUUUUGAACUCGAUUCAACAUCAAGAGAUAAAAUUUUCUUCAUCGAUGAAGCCGGUAUUGGAAUUCAUAUCAAGGUGAAUUAUGGUCGAUCUAAAAAAGGUACACGUGCUAAUCUACCUGUUAAAGCGAUAAAAGGCAAGAAUUACUCAGUAUGUGCUGCAAUGAGUAUCAAAGGAUUAGAAUUUUAUGAAGUUAAACCGACAUCAUAUAACUCAGUCGAUUUCUUGGACUACAUGAAAGAGUUUAUCGCUCAUCUGAAAUCGAAAAAAAUUGAAAAAGCAAAUUUAAUAAUGGACAACUUUAACUCUAAAGAGAAAGAAGGUGAAUCCGAAGGAAAAAGACUGUAUUCACCAUUUUUGAACCCGAUUGAAAAUUUAUUCAAUCAAUUAAAAUUCUACGUGAAAAAAUAUCGACCUGCUAAUGCUGAACAAGUUUUCGAAGGUGUUGAAUUGGCCUCAGAGAUGAUCACAUCGGAAGAUUGUAAAAAUUACUACAAUCACAUGAAAAAAUAUAUCCCUGAUUGUAUUGGUAAAAAACAUAUCAAUAAUUAA